UCUUUACCUCUACUCGAACUGACCUUGAAAAAAGCAAAACCCUAGGCGUCGGCCGAGAAAUGUCGUCGUGGCAGAUGUUUUCCGAUGCCACGAACAAUUUCCGGUGGGAAAUUGCCGAUCAACAGCUCCAGGAAGAAGAACAACAAUGCGACGACGUACAUCAGCAGCAUAUUGACACUCCUCGCCUCACUUCCAUGGCCGAUCUAUUGCUUCUAGGUUAUUCUAAGUUAAUGGAGAAUGGGGAGGACAAUUUGGGGAACCCACCUAUGUUUCGGACUGGAUUGGGAAAAUCUGUUGUGGUGAAGCAGUCUUCAAUUGCAAAGGCACGUUCAGUUCUCGGUGGUAUAGACGACUCGUUAAGUGAAACAGGCCCCUUGGAUGGGAGACAAGAUGGAUAUGCUUUAUUGAAACCAAUGUUUGAGAUGGAUCCAGUGAAAUCAGCUGUUAACUUGAAGUAUGGAUCGCAGAGUGGCCCAGAAAAAGUAGUUAAUAUGUCAAAUUCCAUGUUUCAGACGGGGUUGGGGAGAACCGUAAACAUAUCUUCGGCUGGCCUGCUUAGAGCAAAAACUCUGUUAGGCCUGGAUGAAAAUUGUGAUCAAGAGUCUUUCUAUGGAUCCGAUCAGAGACAUAAACAGUCAACUUCCACUGAGUUCAUUGCUCGGGAAAAUCCAUCUUGUUUUGAGACUGACCUGAGUAACUUAAGUUUUAGCAGCUCUACCAAACCUUUGAAAUCUUCCAAUUUUAAGUCUGGUUCCUGCAGAAAGAAAUCAACAAAGCUACCCGAUUUCACAAAUGCUGAUUCCAAGCCUCCUCCAGUGAAAUUUCAUACUGCUGGGGGAAGAUCCAUAUCAGUUUCCAAUGAUGCAUUGCUACGAGCGAGGAGUUUGCUUGGAAAUCCUGAGUUUGAUUUUCUAGAUGAAGCAAGCACAGCUGACCCACUGUUUUCAGUAAUUGAUAAUGGAAAAGCCAGUUUUUUAUCAAGUCAAAGAGAUGAAUUCAACACACCAUUUUCGCAUCAGAAGACUGAAAGCAGUGGCAGUUCCUUGACGAAUUUUACCUCUCCCACUCGGUCAAUUUCAAACCAAAAGCAGUUAUAUGGUAAGUCCGAGAAACGAGGACCAGGGAAUAACUUGAUUGCUCAGUUUGAUGCCGAGGCAGCAAUGAGCAAUUUGAAGAGACCUUUUAAUGGCCUUACUUGCGACAGAAAGCCUCCAAAAAGAAACUCAUACUCAGAAAAAGUGGAUAAUUCGGAAAACACACUUCAGCCGAAAAUUAACCCCUCCAAAAGGUCAAAUGGGGCUCUGGUGGAUAUCACAAAUACCACGAACAUAGAUCACAGCGAAAGUAAAGAGCAUUUAGGUGAAAAGAGACGACUUCGAAGAAUUAGCUCUGUUUCUCCAUUCAAGAAGCCCCGGACUUCAUUUGUCACCCCUUUAAACAAAAAUAACUCUUCAGUUAAUGUUUUGUCUAGGCUAGCACCAAAAGAGCCCCACUGCAAACAGAGAGUUUCCAUGAGGUAUCCGCUUCAAGUUCCACGAGCAUAUCUCAAAGAAUAUGUUUUACAGCCUCCAUCACUUAAAAAAAAGUUGGAGAACUUGCCAGAACAUGUGAGAAAAAUGAACCCAAUUGCUGCUGAAAGUUAUACAUUCGCCAGUGAAGUACCAGCAGAUUGCAUUGGACCUGAGGCUUUUUACUGUAUGUUGUCUCAGUCUGGAGCUUCCGUCCAACACAUGACUAAAGAGUGGGUAUCAAAUCAUUAUAAGUGGAUUGUUUGGAAACUUGCCUCUUAUGAGAGGUGCUAUCCUGUCAAAUUCGCUGGAAAGCUAUUGACAGUCUCCAAUGUGCUUGAAGAACUACGGUACAGGUAUGAGAGAGAAGUUAAUCAUGGUCAUAGAUCAUCAAUCAAGAAAAUCUUAGAUGGAGAUGCACCACCGUCUUCAAUGAUGGUACUCUGCAUUUCCUUUGUUGGUAAAGGAUGUUACCCAGAGUUUGGAAAUGAACCUGUUUCGCUUGAGGAGGUUGGCAACGAUAGAGCUUCACAAGUAGAGUUAACAGAUGGGUGGUAUGCCGUGAAAGCUCGUUUGGAUGAACUGCUAUCUCAGAAGCUUGCUUCAGGGAAGUUGUUUUUGGGGCAAAAGCUCAGGAUCUGGGGAGCAAGAUUCUGUGGAUGGAAUGGGCCUGUUUCACCUUUUGAGGCAUCACAGACAGUUAGUUUAGUCUUGCAUACAAAUGGCACGUACAGAUGUCACUGGGCAGAACGGUUGGGAUUCUGUAAACGUGUUGGUCUUCCAUUAGCAUUCAGAUGCAUCAAGGGUACUGGAGGGGCAGUACCAAGCACGUUAGUGGGGGUAACAAGGAUAUAUCCAGUUCUCUACAGGGAAAGGUUAAGUGCUGGUAGUUUCGUUGUGAGGUCGGAGAGGGAGGAAGCUAAAGCGCUGCAAUUAUAUAACCAAAGACGCGAUAUUGUUGCUGAAGGAAUCAUUUCAGCAUCCCAAAGAGAAGUAGAAUUUGAUGUUGGAUAUGAUCAUGAAAGUGAAGAAGGUGCCAGACUUAUGAAGCUUCUUGAGACAGCUGCAGAACCAGAGGUUCUAAUGGCAGGGAUGAGCUCUAAACAGUUAACUUCUUUUGCUUCCUAUAAAGCUAAGCUAGAGGCAAUGAGACACACAAAUAUGCAAAAAUCCAUUGAGGACGCUGUGGAAGCUGCUGGGCUCAGUGAGAGAGAUGUCACUCCUUUUUUACGGGUUAGAGUUGUUGGUUUGACAAGUAAUUGUCAUCCACGAGAGUCUUGUCCGCGGAAAGGCUUGAUUACAAUAUGGAAUCCAACUCAGAAGCAGACCCUAGAGCUGUGUGAAGGGCAGGCAUAUGCUGUUGGAGGACUUGUACCAUCUAGCUCUGAUUCAGGCAUCCUUUACUUACAAGCAAGAGGAGCAACAAACAAUUGGUUACCUAUGUCUCCAUUGAAAAUGGAAAAUUUUGCGCCAUUCUUCACUCCUCGUUCAUCAACUGCAGUAUUAAGUAUUGGUGAAGUUCCUCUCUCCAGUGAGUUUGACAUUGCGGCUUUCGUAGUUUAUGUGGGAGAGGUGUAUAGACAAGGUAAUCAACAAAAGCAGUGGGUCUUUGUGACAGAUGGAAGCUCAUCUGAAUUUUGUUCGGAGGAAUCAUUAGAUGCAUUACUGGCAAUUAACUUCUGCUUGCCUUGCAUUGGACUCGAUUCAUCUGCUCCAGUUAACUCAAAUAUUGCUGGAUCUGUGGUCGGGUUUUGUAAUCUCACCAAGAGAUCGAAGGAUCAUGUAAAUGGCAUAUGGGUGGCUGAAGCAACAGAAAAUUCGGAUUAUUUUUUAAGUUAUGAUCGCGCAGGUCGCAACCAUUUAAAAGAUGUUUCUGCUUCAGUAUUAAAAUGGGCAAAUACAUCAAGCUCGAUAAUCGAGAACCUUAAGGAAAGAGUUUUGACUAUUAUCAGAAAUUCGAAAGAUGGGUGUUGAAAGAGCCUAUUUAAGCACAUAAAACCGAGUGUGUUGAAAGAGUUUUUGUAUUUUGAGAUUCUACAACCAACAACUAAACCGAGUGCGCGAGUAUGAGAUGGGCAUUGUGAAUGUAUAUCGUCUGAGCCUGGUUUCAAGUUUGCUUAUUACAAUCGGCUGUGUUUAGCCGUUAGCGGGUCGGUUUUCGUUACUUUUGAUGUAUAGCAUUUCUCUCUCAAACAUGUAAUAAUAAUUACGGCAAUGUAAAUCUUAAUUCGGAACUGAUGUAUAAUUAAAUGAGUCAACAUCAAUAUUACCAUAU